CCUUAUCCACUGAGCACACUGAUGCAACUUCUUCCACUGACUCCAUUACAACCACUCAGUCAGCUGUAACAAGUCAACCCACUGAUGGCACAUCCACAAAUGAUAAAUCUGGUACAACUGAGGUAACAACUGGGAAAACUGAUGGCACCUCAACCACUGAUGAGACUGGCACGACUCAGGUAACAAGUGGGUCAACUGAAGGCACCAACACAACUGAUAAAUCUGGAACAACUGAGGUGACAAGUGGGCCAGCUGAAGGCACCUACACAACUGAUAAAUCUGGAACAACUGAGGUGACAAGUGGGCCAACUGAAUUCACCUACACAACCCACCAAUCUGAUAAAACCAAGGUAACGACUGUGCAAACUGAUGGCACCUCUACAACUGAUCAAACUUACGCAACUGCUGCAGUUUUAACGACUACAUCCAGCAAUCCUCCUGCAAGUUCUGGUCAAACUGGAACAACAGUGUCAAUUUUAUCAACUGCGUUUACUGAUGCAACGUCUUCCACUGACUACAUCUCAACAACUGAGUCAACUGUAACAAGUCAACCCACUCAUAGCAUAUCCACAUCUCAUCUUUCUGGCACAACUCAGUUAACAACUGGGCAAAGUGAUUCCACCUCCGAUGAAUCUGGAACAACUGAGGUAUCAAGUGGGUCAACUGAAAGCCUCUACACAACUGAUCAAUCUGUUCAAUCGGAGGUGACAACUCUUCAAACUGAUUGCACCUCUACAACUGAUCAAACUUAUACAACACAUCGAUUGUCCACAGCUGAGUCCAGUGAUGCCUCUUCAACAACCGACCAAACUGAUCCAACGGCUGCAAUUCUAUCCACUGCAUCCAGUAAUCCCCCUGCAACUUCUGUUCAAAAUGGAACAACAGUGUCAGUCUUAUCAACUGUGUUUCCUAAUGCGACUUUUGUCUCAACCACUGAAUUAACCACAUCAAGUAACCCCACAGAUGGCACGUCAACAAGCUAUCUAUCUAGUACAACUGUGGUAACAACUGGGCAAAGUCAUGCCACCCCUUUCCCUGAUCAGACUGGUACAACACAGUUAACUUCUGAGCAAACUGGUGGCACAUACUCAACCCCUCAAUCAGGAUCAACUGUAGUAACACCAGUGCAACCAAACACACCGUCUUCUAACCCAACUUCGCAGCCACCAACUACAGCCACAACUAAACCACCUACAACUCCUUCACCUCAGCCAAGCAGUGGACCAACAAUUUCCACACGAGAGCCAUUACAAUGUCAGAAUGGAGGAACUUACAAUGGCUACAACUGCACAUGUCCUACUGGGCUCACUGGAACUGUUUGCCAGUUCGUUGAAGUUGAUGUUGAGCCAGUUACCUUCAACCGAAAGGUAGUGGUUAAUUUGGUCAUUGACCAGGAAUACAAUGUAAAAUAUGACGAUGAAACUUCACGUGAAUACAAAGAAUUUGUUGGAAACUUCACCAACCAGAUGGAGAAAUAUUACCUAGCAAAGAAGAUCACAAACUUCAAAGAAGUGGUGGUAAUUAGUGUCAGCCGUGGAGCCCCUUUGGUCAGAUUCUUACGUAACCCUGUGGAUGAGAGGCAGUUAUGGGACAAAGCCAUGGCUUUCCACAGUAUCACACCAAGAACAGAAAGUGUUAAUGUCACACAUGAUGUGGUUCUGGGGAUUCCAAAUAAUGCUAGUGCUGAAAAACUAUAUUGGGAAGAUGUUGAAGCAAUUGUCGAGGCUGUUGAAGGCCUUGACAGCUGCACAGGAGAGUGUCCGGAUUUCAACACCACCACUCCACCCACAGUGACUACAACAGAGGCUGAUUUGGGAUCGGUCUGUGAGCAGUUUGUCAAAGAUCCAGAAGUUGCUAAAUACUACCAACUUGUGCCUAUUGAUGGGAAACUGACAUGUGUGACUGUAUGCCACAAUCAACAUUCACAUCAUAAAAGAUGCUACAACAGGGGAAUCUGCUUAGUGUACAAAACUAUUGGACCUCUGUGCGAGUGUCUAAAUGUGGAAGAGACGUGGUACUUGAAUGAUGACUGCAGCCUCCCCAUACACAGGACUCCUUUCUAUGCAGGGAUAAGCGUGACCCUUGCUUGUCUGUUACUGAUAGUGGGAGUCUUGACUGCUUUCUUACUGAGGAACAAACAAAGGCAAAGCAAGAGGAGAAGGGACAUUCAAGAGCAACUGGUGAACCAGUGGCUGAAUGAGGACUUUGAGUGGUCCAGAUCCAACAGUGACAUUCACAGUACAGGAGAUUUCAACAACCUUGCUUACGCACAUGAAGAAGCAGCUGUCCACAGAGAGGAACUAGAAGGUUACAGACAACCUGCACCUGUCGAUAUUCUCACUGGACAUUUGGAUACUGAUGACAGACAGUUGAGCUCAUCGGCAAAUAUUCAUGGGCUGGACACAGAGUACCACCUACCAGUAACACCACGCCAACACAAUACUCUGACUACUAAUACUCUCUCAUUUUCUACUGUUGAGCAUCCACAGUCUGACAGCCUGUCUCCCCCUCUGAGAGACCUCAGCCGGAUAAGCAGGCCCCAGAUUAGGAUAUCCUGGGACCCCUAAGAUGUGCAAUGAAAGCUGAGCCUUGACUCUGCAUCACUAUGGAUGAAGUCUCAGCUCUUCUGUCAAACCUGUUUUUGGUGCUUUCUCUUUAUGAUAUAAUUUAAAUUAUUUAUACCAGCUGCUUUUAGGUGUCAACAACACUGUUUGAUUUAUUUAUUUAUUUGUUUGUUUUGUAAAAUGGCAGCAGGGUAAGUGUUAGUGAUCAAAAUGCACUACAUACAGUAUAUUUAUGAUUUUGUGAUUAUAUAGUGAAAAUACUUUCUCUUUUUACAUAAAGGAAGGACUUGAAUUUCAAGUUCUCCAUGCUGCUGUCCUGAUACAGUGACAAAUUGUUGUUUUAAUGUAUGAUAAUGACUGUUCAGUAACUAUUGACUGACUGUAGUAACAGGGAGAGUAGUACUGUGCAUGUUGACAUGUCUUGACAGAACCACAGUGGAUUAAAGGAUGUAGGAGUAAAUGGAACUACAGUAUCACAAAAUCAGAAUGGCAGAGUUGGUAAUAAUUCACUGUUGGUUCGUCGCUACAAGCAACUCCUUUCACACUACACACAGUUAUUUGGCCAAUUGUUGGUAUAAAAACAUUUGAUUUUGACACUGGGUCACUUUAUAAAAUGGCUGACUGCCAGAACAAUGCACUACUGAACUAGGAAUUGGUUUUAUUUAUAUAAUUUUGCAAAUCAAUAUUGUUUGAGCUUUAAUGCUUUAUGCACCACGUAGCCUGAAUAAAAAAAAAGUUCAUUACUGAAA